AUGGUCGCCAUCAAAGUCCAUCUUCUGAUGGCAGUAAACGGCGUUCUAUGCUUUAUCGGAGCUAUCGUCAAUUUUCUAGUAGUAUUCGUCGUUUUGAAAAAUCGCCAAAUGCGCGACGAACUCAAUUUACUCAUGGCAAGUUUAUCCAUAGCUGAUUUGAUCGUAUGCCUGGUAGCCCAACCGAUGUACAUUGUCAUUCUGGGCACAGAGACCGGCGCUGGGUUUAAAUACGCCUUCGAAUUGACAGCUUUCAUCGGUGUUCAUGCGUCCUUCAAUAGCCUCACCGGAAUCACAAUAAACAGAAUGGCUGUGUUACUCAACCCGUUCUCCUACACAAUGUCUCAUCAUCGCACAAGGUUGUAUGCAAGCAUCCUUGGUGGUAUUUGGGGUUGUUCCAUUAUUCUUGCCUACUUUUUUACCACCGACAGUGGACGAAAAGUAACCCCUCACGUCCAUACUUUCAUGUUCGCUUUAUUUAUCUUCACUUAUGCCUAUAUCUUCUGGGUAGCUCGCAAGCAGGUGCGCAAGAUUUCGUCUCAAGUGCAAUCCGUCUCCUUCAACCACAAAGCUGCUACUAAGAUCAAGAGCGAAAAUAGUGCGGCCAAAACUUCAGCAAUCCUCGUAAGUGCCUCGUUGAUAUGUUUCUUCCCUGAUAUCGUUUUUGACUGGAUGAAAAUUGUUGACAAGAUGAGGUUUGACUGGGCGUUUACUCUCUUGUUCUUAAGUUCAUCGAUGAAUCCCUGUAUUUACGUAGGGAGAAGCGGGAGCUUUCGCCUCGCACUAUUGCGAACAAUACGCUGCAUUCCCGUUUUAAGGGAUCACAUUGUUUCAUCUAAUCGGGUACAUCCAAUUGGUUUUGACAGUACUCAUAGAUCUAAAGCAGGAGCAUCGAGGAAAGAAAAGGAGAGCAGUGUAAGAGGGCAAGCCAAUGGCAGUCUUGUGGAAAUUGAUUAA